AUGGCUCUCAUUGACGUGGAAAAGGCCAUCGAAGAGCUGACGCUGGGCGAGAAGGUGGCUCUGACAGCUGGUAAUUCCCCAAGCUCCCCCUUGGAUCUCUUUGCCCGCAAUGUGCAGGGACGCGACUUUUGGCACACGGCGCCCAUUCCGCGCCUCAACAUCCCUUCACUGCGCAUGUCCGAUGGUCCUAAUGGCGUUCGUGGCACCCGCUUCUUCAACGGCAUCCCUGCCGCGUGCUUCCCCUGCGCCACCGCACUCGGUGCCACCUGGGAUACCGAGUUGCUGGCCAAGAUUGGCUCAUUGAUGGGCGAUGAGGCAAUUGCGAAGGGGACACACGUUAUUUUGGGUCCCACAAUCAACAUCCAGCGGUCGCCGUUGGGGGGCCGUGGCUUCGAGUCAUUCUCGGAGGAUGGUGUGCUCUCAGGUACCCUGGCAGGCCAUAUGUGCAAGGCCAUGCAAGACAAGGGCGUGGCCGCCACACUAAAGCAUUUUGUCUGCAAUGACCAAGAGCACGAGCGCAUGGCUGUCAACAGUAUCUUGACGGACCGUGCGCUGCGCGAGAUCUAUCUGCUUCCUUUCCAGCUGGCCAUGCGUAUUUGCCGCUCGGCGUGCAUUAUGACUGCGUAUAAUAAGGUCAACGGUAUUCACGUGAGUGAGAAUAAGACCAUUAUUGAUGAUAUUCUCCGCAAGGAGUGGGGAUGGGAUGGUCUGGUUAUGAGUGAUUGGUUCGGUACGUAUAGCACCUCCGAUGCUAUCAAUGCUGGUCUUGACCUUGAGAUGCCCGGCAAGACCCGCUGGCGAGGGGAGGCUCUGGCUCAUGCGGUGUCAUCGAACAAGGUUGCACAAUUCAAGCUGGAUGAGCGUGUGCGAAAUGUUCUCAACUUGAUCAACUAUGUCGAGCCGCUGGGAAUCCCCGAGGGAGCCCAAGAGAAGGCUCUCAACCGCCCUGAAGAUCAAGCUUUGAUGCGCCGAGCAGCUGCGGAGUCAGUCGUUCUUUUAAAGAACGAGGGCGGUUCACUGCCGCUGAAGAAGGAUGGAUCUGUCCUUGUUAUUGGACCGAAUGCGAAGAUCGCCUCGUACUGUGGUGGCGGCUCCGCCUCACUUGCACCAUACUAUGCCGUCAGUCCAUUCGACGGAGUCUCCGCGAAGAGUAAGGGAGAGGUCAAGUUUACCCAGGGUGUCUACUCGCACAAGGAACUGCCCCUUCUGGGUUCUCUCCUAAAGACGGCGGAUGGCAAGACUGGCUUCACCUUCAAGGUAUACAACGAGCCGCAGAGCUCUGGCCAAGAUCGCGCUCUGGUCGACGAGCUUCAACUCAUCAGCUCCAUAGGAUUCUUGAUGGACUACAUUAACCCCAAGAUCAAAUCCAUGACCUUCUACGUCGACAUGGAGGGCUUCUUCACUCCGGAGGAGGAUGGUCUCUAUGACUUCGGCGUGACAGUUGUUGGGACUGGCCGUCUUUUGGUUGAUGGUGAGGUGGUCGUCGACAACACGAAGAAUCAGAAGCAGGGAUCUGCCUUUUUCGGAACUGCCACAAUUGAAGAGCGUGGUGUCAAGGAACUCAAGGCCGGCCAGACCUACAACGUUGUUUUCGAGUUCGGCAGCGCCCCUACUUCGGACCUCGAUACUCGUGGUAUUGUCGCCUUCGGUCCUGGUGGUUUCCGAUUCGGCGCUGCUCGGCGCAUCGGCCAGGAGGAACUGAUUUCGACCGCCGUGGAGCAAGCCAAGCAGGCCGAGCAGGUGAUUAUAUUUGCCGGCUUGACGAGCGAGUGGGAGACUGAGGGCUAUGACCGCGACCACAUGGACUUGCCCCCCGGAAGUGACGAGCUAAUCAGCCGUGUGCUUGCAGCGAACCCGAGCGCUGUCGUUGUGAUCCAAUCUGGCACUCCAGUCACCAUGCCAUGGGCGAAGGACGCCCGUGCCAUCGUACAGGCCUGGUUUGGCGGCAAUGAGUGCGGCAAUGGUCUCGCAGACGUGCUGUACGGCGACGUCAACCCCUCUGCCAAACUACCUAUCACAUUCCCUCGUCGCCUGCAAGACAACCCCUCAUACGUCAACUUCCGCUGUGAGCGCGGUCGCGUACUCUACGGCGAAGACAUCUAUGUCGGUUACCGCUUCUUCGAGAAGAGUGACGUAGUACCAGCUUUUCCCUUCGGCCACGGUCUGUCUUACACGACCUUUACCCGGUCAGAUCUCCAGGUUAGCACUGUCCUUGAGCGAUCCAGGUACACCGAGUCUGCUCUGGAUCAUCCCCCCUCGACAGAUGUCAAUCGCCCUCCGCGUGAGCUGAAAGCUUUCCAGAAAGUCUUCCUGCAGCCGGGUGAGUCCAAAACUGUCCAACUCGUCGUUGAAAAGAAAAUCGCCACUAGCUGGUGGGACGAACAGCGUGGGCAGUGGAUCUCCGAGAAGGGCCGCUACCAGGUCUCCAUAACUGGAACUGGCGUGGAGGAGCUGCGCGAUGAAUUUGAGGUGGGCAGAACUAGAUUCUGGCUCGGUCUGUAG